GGCGGCGUUGCCUAGGAACCGAGCGCGUGCGGGCGUUGCCGAGGGAACGCGGCAGUCCUCUCCCCGCACCAGCUCUUGCUGGGAGCCGGGCCCGGCCCUCCCCUCCCCUGGCUCCGCUCCGGGCCUUUGGGUCCCCGGCCUUUGGGCCGCAGCCAUGCCCGUGAAGCCCGUGAGGAGCCGCAAUGUGGUGCAGCCCCAGGACUACAAGGAGGCGGUGGCCCUGGAAAGGAAGAGGCAGGCAGAGCUGCAGCUGCAGAGCCGCUGGUUCAACGCGCGGGAGCGGCUGAUCGGGGGAGAUUAUGAUGCCUGGGCUGCCCAGGUACAUGAUCGGAAGAUUCAGGAAGCAACCGAGAAAGGAAAGCACGAAAUGAUGGGUGCGGAGAUGCGACAGAAUGACCGGAUCGCCUGCAUCUUGGACGAGCGGCAGCGGAAGGACAAGCGCAACUUGCAGAAAGCCAUCAGCGAUUUCCGUCAGGCCUUCCAGAAGCCUGAGAGUCGGCGGGAAUUUGACCUGUCUGACCCGCUAGCCCUGCGGAAGGACAUGCCGGCCCGAGUGUCUGACCAGGACGUCUCCUGCACGGUCUCAGGACUGCAGAAGUUCAUGGGGGAGGACCUGAGCGCCAGGGAGAGGAAGAAGGCGCAGGAGGAGCAGAACCGCGAGUGGGCCCUGGAGCAGCAGAGGAUGUGGAGCGAUGCUCUGGCUGAUCACAGGUCUGCAGAGGACGCCUUCACCAAGACCAGGCUGGAAUUUGACCAGACCGCCAUGCAUCUUCAGAAGCUCGAACUCGCCACUAAACGAACAGUGUGCGCAGCCGUGAAGGAUUUCAAUAAAAACCAGAUCCUCGAAGUAGCAGAAAGGAGAAGGCGCGAGCGCAGACAGGAGGAGGAGGACAACAUGGCGGAGAUCGCCAACAUGCUGCAGAGCGACUUCCUCUCUGAGAAUCCGCAGCAGGCGGCCAUCCCAUUGGGGUCGCACAGGGUGGUCCCGGACAGGUGGAAGGGCCUGAACAAGGAGCAGCUGGAGGAGAUUCGGCUGAUUCAGAAGCAGCAGAUCCACGAGAAGCAGAGGCUACAAGAGGAGGAGAAGCAGCGGGACUUUGAUUUGGACCGGCAGCGGAUCCAGGCGGCCAGAGCCAACCUCUUGUUUGAGAGGCAGCAGCAGCGACUCAGCCGGGAGCUCCGGCGGGCCAUGGAUAACAAGAACCUGCAGUUAGCUCGGGAGCAUAAAGACAUAUCCUGCUUCGACGGCCUGUCUGGGGGAGUAUCUCUGGUAAUGGGAACCAAAUGUUGUCUGUGGAAAUGACUGGAAAUGACCCUCGGCAGUGGGCUGGGUCUGAGGUUCUCUCUUGGAAGGAGGCAGAGCGGGGAAACAACCCCCGGAGACGCUUUUGCCAUCAAUCACCGGGUGUGGUGCAACAUUUGGCUUUUCUUGGCUUCUCCAGCCAAGCGAGGACGGGAUGGAGCCGGAGGGUGGACAGAGGCUGUAAAACUUGGAUUCAGUGGGGUCCUCAGCCAUCAGGGGCUCAUGGGAAGGAUCCAAGGAAAAGGCCCUCAUCAGGCUCUAGUGAAAAACACCCACACAGCUCAGUAAUGACUUCCAUAGACUUCAAGUUACGGACCCAUAGAGUGGCAGCACUGGGAGGGCUUUAGAACAGGGGAUGGCGGGACUGGGAGGACCUUAGACCAGAGGUGGGAGGGCCCUUAGAAAAGGGGUGGAGGGGGAGCAGUAAUGGAUGAUGAUGCACGGGAGUGGAGGUGGUGGCUGUUACCAAGCACAUAUGAAAACAUUCAUUCAUCAGCUUUGAUCAUGAAUAAUAUUAGUAUCACAAUAAUUAACUAUAAAGAUUGCCAAGUAAUUACUAAGGCUGCCUCCAAACUCACUCAUGUCUCCAACAUCAUUGAAGAGUCCCACCUGAGCACACCUGGGCCUCGUGGGGAUGAAUUUCGGUCCCUCUUGGCCCCGGCAUCAUCCUUGUGAGUGUGUAGGCACCCUGCAGAGCAGG